UGCUCCCUGGCGAGGUUCCUACUGAUUUCUGUGUGCAGGCAGGACGCCUUGCCAGCUACCUGUGGUGGUGCUGCAGACAGCUGUGUACGGGUAUGCCCUGUGUACUGCUGCCCCCUACCUGCUGCAGCGUUACCUGCAUGUGCUGCUGACUUCCUCCUUGUCCCAGUGCCAUGUGAUUAGUGCAGCAGUUUGCUGCUCCCUGCAUUUUACCAAUAAUUCUACCAUUCGCUAGGUGUCAUCUCCCUUAUUGUCCCUGCCAGCAGCCUGACGUUCACUAUGACCCCCUCUGCCCUCUUCAUAUUUGGGUGUUUGCUGUAUUAUGCUGCAGCAUCGUCUGAUCCCCCAAACAUCAUCCUGAUGUUUGCUGAUGACCUUGGCUAUGGUGACUUGGGGUGCUAUGGACACCCUACUUCCCUUACUCCUAACCUUGACAGAAUGGCAGCCCGAGGACUACGUUUCACAGAUUUCUACGCUUCUGGCGCUUUGUGCACGCCUUCCAGAGCCGGCCUCCUGACGGGUCGUUUUCAAACCCGUUCUGGAGUGUACCCUGGAGUGUUUUACCCCAGCUCCGUGGGUGGACUUCCUCUGAGUGAGAUUACUAUUGCCGAGGUACUACAAUCUCGUGGGUAUGUCACAGCCAUGGCAGGCAAAUGGCAUCUGGGACUGGGACGUAAUGGGACUUUCCUGCCCACACGUCAAGGAUUUCAGCACUUCUUGGGUGUUCCUUACUCACAUGAUCAGGGUCCUUGUCAGAAUUUGACAUGUUUUCCUCCAGACACACUGUGCUACGGGACAUGUGACUUGGGGGAGACUCUUCUGCCAGUGUUCAUUGAUGAGAAGAUCCUACAACAACCGGUGAACUUUCCUGGACUGGUUCCUCUAUAUCAGCAGUUCAGCAAAGAAUUUAUUCAUAAAGCAGUGAGCGAAAAGAAGCCGUUCUUUCUGUACUAUGCUUCACAUCAUACUCAUUACCCUCAGUUUGCAAGUGCCCGAUAUACAGGGCAUUCUCCAAGGGGAAAAUUUGGAGAUGCACUGCUGGAAUUGGAUGGAACAGUUGGGGAGCUGAUCUCAUCUGUGUGGGAUAUGGGUGUUCAGAACAACACACUAAUCAUCUUUACUUCUGACAAUGGACCUGAGACCAUGCGUAUGGAGAGAGGAGGUAGCUCUGGGCUCCUGAAAUGUGGCAAAAGUACAACUUAUGAAGGAGGGUUACGAGAACCUGCUAUUAUGUAUUGGGAAGGAAAAAUAAAACCAGGAGUGACCUCGGAGCUGGCCAGCACUCUGGACAUUCUGCCUACUGUAGCAUCUCUAACAGGCACCCCUCUUCCCAAAGUCACAUUGGAUGGAUAUGAUCUAAGUAGACUUCUUCUUAAUGGAGAAAAGAGUCCAAGGAAUACUUUUUACUAUUAUCCUCCAUCUAUUGAUCCAACCAGAGGGAUCUACGCCCUGAGGAUGGGAAAAUACAAGGCUCAUUUCUAUACAGAGGGAGCAUUUCACAGUGAGACAACUCCAGAUCCAGACUGCCACAUCACUGCGCUGCUGACUGAGCAUAACCCGCCUCUGCUGUUUGAUCUUGACACAGACCCUGCUGAGAACUAUAACUUACUGAAACCGGUUAUCCCUAAAGAGCUCCAACCAAUUGUAAAUGAAAUCCAGAAUGAACGGGAAAGAUUUCUCAAGAGUAUGACUUAUGCAGAAAGUGAGCUUAACAAAGGCGAGGACCCAUCGCUGAGACCAUGUUGUAACCCAGAAUGCACUCCUAAGCCAAACUGUUGCCGUUGUUAAUUCUCUGGUAAACCUCACAUUCAGAUCUUCUAAAUGGGCCUCAGGUCAAGUGUCUUAAAUCCAAAGAAGUCUCUCAUGAGAAAACUUGCAUCUUCAUCCAUGACAUCUUCUUUUUUCAUUUACAAAUGCAGUUUUGAGUUUUUUUGUUUUUAUUUUUAAGCAAAAGCUUGUGGAUGCUGAAAAAGAUGAUUUUCUUUGUGCAUUGUAUCCUAAAUAAUCCACACCUGGCUUUUGGCUAAAAGAAAUUCCACUAGAAAUGGCUUAAGUUAUUAUAAUUUUUUUUCCAUAAGAAGACUUCAGUAUUUCAACCAGAGAAGUGUUAUAGGUUCCUGUAACUUCCAUUCCUUUCAGUAGAAUGACUGUGCAUAUGUCCACCUCUGCAUAGAAAACAGGAAAUAGGAUGUACUUGUUCUCGAGAUUGGACCAUCACCAGUAUGACACUUAAAGUGGUUAUCUAGUCAGGGGUGCACCACCAAUGAGGCCAAGUAAGGUGAUUGCCUCAGGUAGGGGCAAGGGGGGGGCAGCUGAAGGGCCAUGAGUUGACGGGAAGGGGUUAGGCUAAGAAAUUGGCAUUGGGGAGGUGGGGUGUUUAAGUUUUCGCCUCAGGCAGCAGAAAGGCUAGGUGCACCACUGUAUCUAAUGAUUAAUAUUGAUGACCUAUCCUCAGGAUAGGUUAUCAGAUCAGUGGGGGAUUGACACCCAGGACCUCACUUAGCACCAGCCUCGUCUAACAGCUGAUAUGUAAGCUCCACAAACUCUUCCUAGGCCAUGUGAUGUCACUGGACAUCGGUCACAUGGCCUAGUUGCAGCUCAGCCCCAUUGAAGUGAAUACCAAUACCAAGCACAGCUGCUAUACUAUGUAUGUACGUCUCUGUGCUUGGUAAGCUGCCAGGAGCCUGCUGCGCUCACCAGAGCUCCGGUGAGCGAGGGUUGCCGGGGGCGGACCACCACCAAUGUGAGAACGAUAAUCUAUCCCAAGGAUAGGCCAUCAUUAUUAUGUCUUCCUAAAUAACCCCUUUAAUAUGUCAGAUUACCAUUCUGUCUUGGCAAACCCCUCAAAAGGAAGUUGUCCCACAAAAUAUUCAACAUUUUUUGCAAAACAGCCCCUGGAUGUGAAUACUUUUGUAUUUGCAUAUACACAUAGCUAAAAAUUGAUUGUAGCUACUGAGUUAUUCAAUGAAAUUCAUCUGUAUAGCGCCACUUUCUGUUUGUUCCUUUUCUAAUUUUAAUGUUUAGGUGGACGCACAUGCUCAGUGCCAUCCUUCAUCUGCCACCAGCUGCAGCAAAAAGACAUGCCCCCUGAGCUGCCAGCUUGAAAUAAAUGACGCAGCAGAGUAACUGGAAUAAUGAAUGUACAGGACUGGUUCUAACUUUGUUCAUGUUUUAUAUGAUUUUUGUGUUUUAGACUAAUCAUGAGCACUCCUUUCAGCUUAUGUUCCUAAAGCAAUGAUCAUAUAUGAGUAGUCGGAUCAUUAUGCAAUACAAAUGGGGAAGUUUUUAUGUUUUACUGUGUCCAUUAAUGCAGUCAGUGCCUAGAUCUCUUUCCUGCCUUGUAUGAGGGAAUUACUCACAAGCGAAGUAAACUCUGUGGGCCUAGAGGGCCUGGACACAGAGUAUUUCAUUAGCUCAAUAUAAGUAGUAUUUUUUUCAUUGUUUUUUUUUUUUACAAUAUGAAGGGGCUAAAUCUCCUUUGGAUUAUUACUACUAGGCAUUUUAAGAGCAUCUUGAAAUUUGUGACAUUCAUAGCUAAGCCUAUUAACUGUAAAAUAUAAAAAAUGCAACAAUGACUAUUGGGAAAUGUACUUACAUCUUUAAUGUUGGCAAUUACUUAGGAAAUAAAAUUAAUAAAGCAGCU